AAGAGAGAGAGAGAGAGAGAGAGAGUCUCCAGACAAUCUAAGAGCGAAAGGCUUGCCUUGCCCUCAAAUUUCAUACGCUCUUAGUUGUUGUGAUCGUAGCUGCAAUUCUGGAUGAUUUCGAUUUUGUUGAUGGAUUUGUAACCUUCGGGAAAAUUAUGCUUUCAGUUUUGUAGCUUGUGAGGAGACAAUGUUGUCAAAAGCUGGAAGGAAGAAAUCUGGUGAGAAUUUAGAACCUCGGAAGUUUGUAAGUGAUCUUGAAACCAUAAGUAAAGCCUUGCAUGUGGAUAAAACACCACAGAGGCUUGCUAGCUUUUCGGGUAGCAGCCGUUCCAAGUCAAAGCAGAAGGAUGCUACGGACACUAAGAAAGAUUCAUGUUACAAGGAAAAGAAGCCACCAUUUUGGAGUUGGAAGGGACUAAAGGCCUUGACCACCGGCCGAAGUCGCAGGUUCAAUUGUCGUUUCUCACUCCUAGUCCAUUCAAUUGAGGGUUUGCCACCUUUCUUUGAUGAUGUUUGUCUGCUUGUACAUUGGAAGAGGCGGGAUGGUGAGCUGACAACAUGCCCGGCUAAGGUUUAUAAAGGAGUAGCUGAGUUUGAGGAACAGUUGGAACAUUCGUGCUCCAUAUAUGGAAGCAAGAGCAGAGGCCAACACUCGGUAAAGUACGAGGCAAAGCAUUUGUUGUUGUAUGCUUCUGUUUGUAAUCUCCCUGAGAUUGAUUUGGGGAAGCAUCGUGUAGAUUUGACUAGGUUGCUUCCUCUAUCACUGGAGGAGUUGCAAGAGGAGAAGAGCUCAGGAAAGUGGACUACUAGUUUCCGGUUAUCAGGUAGAGCUAGAGGUGCAAUAAUGAAUGUCAGUUUUGGAUAUGUUGUAAUCGGAAGCAAUAUCAUGGAGUCAUCCAGCAACAAUGAUCUUCGUGAGAUCCCAAGCUUGCGACAUAGUGCAACGACUGGAACAGUCCUCUCUCAAUUUGAUCAAAUGGACGAACUAAGCAUCCGUCGAGUAGGAAGUCUUCCUGACAGGCUGUCUAUUUACCAAUCUGGAGAAGAUAUGAAGGAUCUACAUGAGGUUUUUCCGAUGUCAAGUCCAGAACUGGGUGAAUCAGUGAAUAUACUUUAUCAGAAACUGGAUGAAGAUAUAUCUAAUGCUCCAACUGAAAAUAAACUGGACACCGAUCCUUUUCCUUCAUACCUUGACUCUCAUAAACAAAAUUCAUAUGGACCACCUGAUGCUGGUGAGGAGGUUUCUGGAAUUGAGUGGGAAGUUAGUGAGUUCUCUGUUUUAGAGAAGGGGAUAGAAGUGUUUCCUAAAGAAAAGGUGAAAUCAGAAGAGGAUCCUCCAACGGUAGCUCAAGCUUCUAAAGAGGGUCUUGAAACUGAUUGUGCAUUGGAGGCACUCGUUAAUGAGGAUGCCGCCAUUCAUCCCUUAGCUGAAGAUUCUAAAGCUGUUCUUGAAACUGAUUGUGCUUUGGAGGUACCCCUUAAUGAGGAUGCCGCCAUUCAUCCCUCAGCUGAAGCUUCUAAAGAGGUUCUUGAAACUGAUUGUGCUUUGAAGGUACCCCUUAAUGAGGAUGCUGACAUUCAUUCCUCAGCUGAAGCUUCUAAAGAGGUUCUUGAAACUGAUUGUGCUUUAGAGGUACCCCUUAAUGAGGCUGCUGUUAUUCAUCCCUCAGCUGAAGAAAUUGUCACUGUAGAAGACAAGCAAUUGAUAAGCACCUGUAAUUCUAAAGAGAAAGAGAAGGAGAUGUGCUCAGAAUCACUAAUUAAAGAGCUCGAGACAGCGCUAAGUUAUGCCUCGGAGUUGAUGAACGAAGGACUGGACUCUCAAGAGGAUGAAAGUGAUGCUUUGCACCGAGAAAAGUUCUUAGAUAUUAAUUCUCAUUGUAGAGAUCAUAGAGAGGAAAUAUCACUUGGCCUGGAUGAUCUCACUGAAUCAGUGGCUAGUGAUUUCUUGGACAUUCUGGGUAUCGAGCAUAGUCCAUUUGGCCUGAUUUUUGAAGGUGAGCCUGAGUCUCCACGAGAGCGCCUACUAAAGGAAUUUGAGAGGGAUGUUGUUGCCAAUGGAGGACUACUCAACUUUGGUUUUGACAAUGAUCCAGCAGAAUUUGUCAGCAACACGCGGAUGGAUUCUGUCUGGGAAGCCAUCUCUAAUGACUUUCAUCAACCAUCUAUUUGUGAAGUUCUCCAUGAGAUGCCUAAGAUAGAGACUGAUGUAUUUAGGAUUAAAACAAGGGCCUCAAGGUUAGAGGAUUUGGAAACUGAAGCUUUGAUGCGUGACUGGGGCUUAAAUGAGAAAGCAUUUGAACAUUCUCCACCUAGUCAUACAGGGGGAUUUGGCAGUCUACUUGACAUACCUCCCCAGGACAUUCAGCAGCUUCCUCCCCUUGCUGAAGGUCUGGGUCCCUUUAUACAAACUAGAAAUGGAGGAUUUUUGCGCUCUGGAGGGCGCUUACUUAUGCAGGUGUCUAGUCCAGUGGUGGUGCCUGCGGAAAUGGGUUCUGGUGUAAUGGACAUACUUCAGGGUCUGGCUGCUGUGGGAAUUGAAAAACUAUCCAUGCAGGCAAAUAAAUUGAUGCCAUUGGAAGACAUAACUGGAAAGACCAUCCAACAGAUAGCAUGGGAAGCUGCAGUAAGUCUGGAGGGACCUGAGAGGCAAGGUUUGUUACAGCAUGAUUAUGAAAUUGUGCAAAAUAUAUCUAGUGAGGAAAAUAGUGUUAAAGGAAUAUCCUCUGACCAUGGGUCUGGAAAGUCGGAUUUGACUCUGUAUGGCACUGACACAGAAUAUGUGUGUUUAGAAGAUCUUGCUCCUUUGGCAAUGAACAAGAUUGAAGCUCUUACAAUAGAGGGUUUGAGAAUACAAUCAGAUAUGUCGGAUGAGGAUGCAACUUCUAAUAUUAGUGCACAAUCUAUUGGUGAAUUUUCAGCCCUGAAGGGGAAGAGCCUCAAUGUUAAUGGGUCCAUGGGCCUCAAUGGCACUGGUGGAUUGCAACUGCUGGAUAUUAAAGAUAGUGGUGAAGAUGUUGAUGGAUUGAUGAGUCUAUCUCUAACACUUGAUGAAUGGAUGAAACUUGAUUCUGGUGAGUUCGAUGACGAUGAUCUCAUCAGUGAGCGGACAUGUAAACUAUUGGCAGCCCACCAUGCUACUUCAUUAGACCUGUUUCAAGGAAGACCAAACGGGAAGAAGAGACAAGGGAGGGGUAGGAAGUACGGUUUGCUGGGUAAUAAUUUCACCUUUGCGCUGAUGGUGCAGCUGCGUGAUCCUUUCAGGAAUUAUGAGCCAGUUGGUACCCGGAUGCUUGCUCUCAUUCAAGUGGAGAGAGUGUUUGUGCUGCCAAAACCUAUAAUCUACUGUGCACUUCCUCUAGUAGGGAACCGUAAUGAAGAGGAGGAAGAGACCGAGGCUGGGAGAGAGGACAACAUUGUUGAAGAGCCAAAAGCAGACAAAGUUCAUGAAGAAGAACUGAUUCCCCAAUAUAAAAUAGCUGAGGUGCAUGUUGCCGGUUUGAACACCACACCGGGUGAAAGGAAGUUAUGGGGUUCCAAGAAUCAACAACAGUCUGGGUCCCGGUGGUUGAUUGCCAACGGAAUGGGGAAGAAGAACAAGCAUCCACUAAUGAAGUCGAAGACUGUCAUUAAACAUUCUGCUCCCGCUUCUUCACCUGUGACUACAAUAUUGCAGCCUGGAGAUGCACUAUGGAGCAUCUCUUCUCAUGUUCAUGGAACAGAAUUCAAAUUGAAGGAACUUCCAGCACUUAAGCAACAUAUUCGAAAUCCAAAUAUUAUAUUCCCAAAUGAACCUGUCAGAUUACAUUAGCACUGAAAUAAGGAUAAAGUUCCCAUAAGAUAGUUGAUUUUUGAUAGUGAUUAGCUGAAAUUGUGCUUUACACAUGGUAUUUUCAUGUGGCAAAGAUGAGUAGAUAAGGCAAUGGGGUUGGGCCAUACAGGAUUUCUUCUCGACAUCCUUGGGUAAGUAUGGUCGAAGUAGAAAUGAGCAAGGUAGGUUGUCGAUGAUGUUCACCUAGUAUCUAUGGGCUACGAACUUGUGCGUCAUGGAUUUGAGUCAACUCAGGGGAAAGCUGGGGGGCUACUACCUUGUGGAUUAUGGAUUCGAGUCACAUUAAGGGAAGUUGAGGAAUCAACUUUGAUCACUCUCUUUCCUUUUAGGAAAAAGAAAAGGGCUGUGCAGUUUCAAGUAAAUAUUCAUACAUAGGAACAACUUUUGUGUCAACCAGAGCAGGUAAAGAUGAAGACUUUCUAUGUGAACAAUUCAUAUCAUUACACAUUUAAUAAAACUAUAUAUAGCAAUUGAAAUAAUCUCCUGUAUUAGCUGUCGCCUACAUAUGACUUGAUUCCAGACUGUAUAAAGUCUAUCCUAUCUGGAAGUCUUGUCUUUUCUUUAAUGUAUCUAACAUCUAUUCAAACCCCUUCUAGAAGGUAUGUACUCUAAAUUCUCAAACAACACCAUGUUGAGUAUUUUAAAUGUCUAAAA